AUGAUUCCAGCGGCUCCGGACGGCACGCAGCUGGUUGAUACCGAGACUUACAAGCAAUGGAGGUCGGCUGAGAUCAAUGAGCUCGAGUUGUGCGUGUGGAGCGCUGAUAUGUUCAAGUAUGGCAUAGCAGCCAGUUACGAAAGCUAUGGAUCACUGAAAACAGCUAUAAGAAGGGGCGUACCCGACUUGAUCAAGCAAUAUAUUUGGAUAAAGGCGAAUGGCGCAGACCGCUUUUACGUUGAGCAUCCCAAUUUUUACAAGCAUUCCUUCACCACGACCUUCGGGCAAAAUGUGCCGGAGGUCAUGGGAGAGGACUGCCCUACCUUUUGUGGUGGUAUAUCUGGGCUCCAAAGUGACGUCCUGGGCACUCCUAUCCGCGCUAAGGAUAUCGAUUUCAACGCCACCUCUCUUGACGCAGACGGUUUGAGCGAUACGGUAUUCCAGUGGCACCGGCGGAGCCAGCAUGAGUCGGAUGGAGGCUCUGGGUACGACACGGAUGAAGAAUCGCCGUUGACUCGCGAGCUGUCCGUAUCUUCGUUACGGGAGAACUACUCCAGGCGCAAACCCGGUCGGUCGCACCGUUCGGCGGCUUAUGCCGAUGAUGACUCGACCCCACAUGUACGCUUCGACGUGGACGUCUGGCGUGACCUGAGCGCGUUGCCGCUUCCCGACGUGAGUGAGGAUGCGCCCGAGGUGGAUCGGCGCGACCCUCUGGACCAUUAUUUAUCCGUGCUCCACGCCGAGAACAGUAACCAGAUGAUGCUUUUGAAAGAGGCCAAGAAGAAGAUCCGUGAGCGUCAGGUCUCCUUAAGCGAAGUGAGCAGCGGUGGUAACAUGCAAAGGCAGUUUUCCGAUACCUCAUUGCUGAGCAGUGGGUUGACGUUGCCGAACCCGCCGUCGCACUACCCCAAGAUCGUUCACAACCAGCUCCCCCUCGCGCACAAGGGCAGCAUGAGCCAGGUCUGUCCGAGGACGUCUACGAUUAUCCGUUUCCUACGCCAACGUGAACAGCGACCUGUGCUAGCUUCUGUGGAUGUUUCUAUUCCGCGUCGUUGUCGAUUUUUGGAUUUCUGUGCACGGAUGGGUCUGCUUUGCGGCGCGCGCAGAUCGAGGCGUAGCAUGUACGUCGAUUGGAGCUCCUCUAAUAGCGAGACGGCUCAUGGGGUAGGGCAUCUGCCGUCCGAUACACUGUCCGAUCAGAGCGGAUUCUCGUACGAAAAUACAGGGGGCGAUGUUACUCGCACGACCUUGGCGGAUGGCAAUUUCCAGCAGGCCAACGACAGCAUAGGCACGACGGGCACGUUCCAAGCUUCUUCAAACGAGCCUAACUCUACGGAUGGUGGCUACAUCAGGUUCCCAUCCACAGCGGGCGACACCAUGUUGGUGCGACAGGCGACGACCAAAGUCUUCCACAGCUCUGUGUACAAGCUGUCGGACAUUACGGACUACACGGCGCUGUUGACGCCGAGUGGUGUGAACGAGGUGAAGCGCAUUUUGUGGUGCCUAAACACAUCGUUUUCGGCCACCAUCGAGUUCCUGCCCGUCAUCCCUUCGCUUUGUUGCCUGCUGCUGGUGUACAUGGCUCCCGAUAUCGCGCUGUGCGUGUUACACUGCUUGAUGGUGAGGGCCGUUGAAUCGGCCCGUUUGGAGUGCGGCGAGCGGUUUUUGUUCGUCGACCGUGAGGGCUUCGUGGACUUCGUGAAGUACGUGCUUAACGUGAUGCGCUACCACAUGCGGAAGUUGGUUGCCAAGCUUCAGCUGCUGAACGUUGACGUUGCCGCGUGGAUAGCGCGCUCUGUGCAGAGCGGCUUUUCGCACGUGCUACCGUUUGACCACGCCUUGCGCAUCUAUGGCGAUUUCCUGUUCGAGGGGGAGAUAGUGCUGUGUCGCUACUGCAUCGCCCUGAUAAAGCACGGGCAUGAUACGCUCAUGAAGUGCAACACCCAGCAUGAAGCCGAAGAGGCCCUGUACAAUAUAGGCCUGGACAACACCCUCGACGUUGACCAGCUGACGAAGCUGGCGUACAGCUUCCGUCUGAAGUACUACAAGAGCGAGGUGAAGGGCGAUCCGGUGACGCCGUACCUGAUGCCCGUUAAAAUACGCGCAUUCUACCGCCCGCGGUUGUGUUCCCUAUCUCGCAUAGUAAGGGAGCACAAGUGGGAGACGAUAUGGUCGUGGCUUUUACCCAGAUACCGCAUUUUGGAUCCGCGUAUGUUUUACAGCUCAGACCGCCACGGAACGUCGAUGCUUGGUCUUGUGAAGGCCCUUGAAGAUUCUGGACGCUCUGGCGUAGCGUCGCUUUUGUUCAUUGAGACCACUACCCGCGACAUUUUGGGCGUGUUUAUCCCCACGCUCAACUGCGAAGCUGCAGAGGGGCUGUUCACGUCGCCACAUCAGUCCGACCAGCUUGACUCCUUCGUAUUCACGCUGAAACCCCAGGAGCACAUCUACAAGUGGUCUGGCCUAAACACGACCGGCGUCAAGAUUAGUUCGCACCAGAUCGUCGUCGGCAGCGACCACCCGGCGCUGCUGCUGGACAAGGCGAUGAGCACAGGUGUCUCGCAAGCCUGCGCCUCCUACAACUCACCCAAAUUGGUGACCACCCAGAAUGGCUAUUUCGACGUGUCCAACAUCGAGCUGUGGCAUCUGUUCUGA